AUGACGACCUAUGGAACUAUCCCGACAGAACGUUUGCCAUCCUCAAACCUAGAUAUCGUUUCACAAGCAAAAGGACAGAUUGAAUUAUGCCUUGGCAUACAAAGACCAUGGCUGGAGAUGAUUCAGCUCCAAGAUCUCAAACCUCCCUCCUCCUUCAACCAAUCAAUCCAAAGAAUCAGGACAAACGUAGCCUUCUUCCGCAUGAACUACGCCAUUAUCAUAUUGACCAUUCUCUUCAUAAGCCUUCUAUGGCACCCCAUCUCAUUGAUGAUCUUCAUCGUCACGAUGGCUGCAUGGUUGUUUCUAUAUUAUCUACACGACAAGCCCUUGGUGGUUGUAGGCUAUGAAAUCGAUCAACGAUUCCUGAUGGCAGCUUUGUUCUUGGUCACAGCCCUGAUACUUUUCCUUACCAAUGUGAAAUAUAACAUUAUAAUGGCACUCUCUAUUGGCCUUGCUUUUGUUUUGGUUCAUGGAGCCUUAAGGGAGCCAGAGGAUGUCAUGACUGUGGAUGAUGAAGAAAGGCUUGCAUCAGGUGGUGGCCCUGUUCUAAAAGUCCCUCUAAAAAUUGCUGCCUCUUCUUCUUAUUCUCUGUCCCAAUAG